GCGGCGCGCGGAGGUCACGGGGCGCGCGGGGCGAUGGCGGCGGCCGGAGGGUGCCGGAAAUGUCUCCUCAGCGGGCCCUGGCUGCUCUCCCGGCGUUAUCCCAUCCCUGCCUUCCCCAGGAGCGCCCUGGUCAGGAUCAGCAGCCCUGCCCUGGGCACCCCCCAGUCCAGAUGCUACUCCUCGGGAGGAAGGAAGGGAUUCAUCUCAGGUUUUGUGGAGAACAUCAAACAGGAGUUAGCCAAAAACAAAGAGAUGAAGGAAAGCAUCAAAAAAUUCCGCGAUGAAGCAAAAAAGCUGGAGGAGUCGGAUGCUCUGCGGGAAGCCAGGAGGAAAUAUAAAACCAUUGAAUCUGAAACAGUGAAGACCUCAGAAGUGAUUAAAAAGAAACUUGAAGAAAUAACAGGGACGGUUAAAGAGAGUUUGGACGAGGUCAGCAAGAGCGACCUGGGCAGGAAGAUCAAGGAGGGGGUGGAGGAAGCUGCCAAAACAGCCAAGCAAUCUGCAGAGUCUGUGACCAGGGGAGGGGAGAAGCUGGGCAGGACUGCAGCCUUCAAAGCCAUCUCCCAGGGAGUGGAAACUGUGAAGAAGGAAAUAGAUGAGAGUGUUUUGGGGCAGACUGGUCCCUACAGGCGCCCGGAGCGGCUGCGGAAGCGCACGGAAUAUUCCGGAGAGAGGAUCAAAGAGCAGCGAGUGUUUGAAGCCAAUGAGGAAGCCAUGGGCAUGGUGCUGCAUAAAGACUCCAAGUGGUACCAGCAGUGGAAAGAUUUCAAGGACAACAAUGUGGUUUUCAACAGGUUCUUUGAGAUGAAGAUGAAGUACGACGAGAGCGACAACGCCUUCAUCCGAGCGUCGCGCGCCGUCACCGACCGCGUCACCGACCUCAUAGGGGGAUUGUUCUCCAAGACCGAGAUGUCCGAGGUGCUGACAGAGAUCCUCAGGGUGGAUCCCUCGUUUGACAAGGAUCGCUUCCUGAAGCAGUGUGAGCGGGACAUCAUCCCCAACGUGCUGGAGGCUCUGAUCUCGGGGGAGCUCGACAUCCUCAAGGACUGGUGCUAUGAGGCCACCUACAGCCAGCUGGCCCAUCCCAUCCAGCAGGCCAAGGCCCUGGGGCUCCAGUUCCACUCCAGGAUCCUGGACAUUGACAACAUCGACCUGGCCAUGGGGAAGAUGAUGGAGCAGGGGCCCGUGCUGAUCAUCACCUUCCAGGCCCAGGUGGUGAUGGUGAUCAAGAACCACCUGGGGGAGGUGGUGGAAGGGGACCCGGACAAGGUGCUGAGGAUGCUCUACGUGUGGGCGCUGUGCCGGGACCAGGACGAGCUGAACCCCUACAUGGCCUGGAGGCUGCUGGACAUUUCCUCCUCCAGCACGGAGCAGGUGCUCUGAGCAGGGCUGGGCUCAGGGCUGGGCCCUUCCCACCCUCUGCAAGCUGCUCCAGCCUGGAACCCCCACGGGGAGCUGGGGGAUUUGGGAUUUGAGCUCCUGAUCAUCCCAGUCCCCGAGGAAUGGGAAUCCCUGCUCGGGGACACCUGGGACGAGCAGCUGCUGCUUCAUCCUCGUGCCUCAGAGGCUCCCGGGCAGCUGGGGACCCCCAGAGCUGUCAUUCCCACCUGCUGGCACCCUUGGAGAUCCCUGGAAGGGCCUUGGAGGGGCUCCUGGCUGCCAAUGUCCUGGCCAGGCUCCAGCCUCGCCUCCCUGCCGUGUCUUGCACUUUCCCAAACCAAAUACAACCAAGGACUUUGCACAUGGAGGUGUUGGAUCCUCAGGUUGGUGGUGGGGUGGGGCUGAUAGCUGAAUAUCCAGGGGGGAGAUCUGGUCAUCCACAGCUUGGAAGGGGGAAUGUUGUUGGUUCUGGUCACAAAGAGCCACGGCUGCAUCCCUUGGGGUGGUGGGGAGGGUGUGGGACAGGAGGGGAAGGGCAGGGGGUGUGUCUGAGGAGUGGGACUGCUUUGGGAACGCUGAAUUUUCAUGUCCCAUCCUGAUUUUUCUGUCCCGUCCUGUCUCACUGUGCUCCUGGUUCACCUCCCUGGCCUUGUCUGCUCCUCAUCCCUGCACAGAGCCCAGAUCCAGGAGCAGAAAUUCCCCAGUUUGCUGGGGUGAAAUCCCAAUCUAAAAAAUGGGAUUGAAAAUCCCAAAUCAUGGAAAAAAAAAUCCCCAAAUUCAGAUUCCAGUGGCAGCAUUUUGGGGCCCUCACCUUGAGCUUCUUGCAGGGGGAAUGGCUGAGAGGGAGCAGAACUUGUGGGGUUUGGGAGCUGAGGAACCCCCUGCCCAUGGAAAGGGAGCUUGGGAGAAGGUUUGGAGAGGAAAUCCAAGAAUUGCUGUGGUGCUGAGGGUGAGGCAGGCCAGCUCUGCCCUGCCAGAGUGAUUAAAGAGAAUAAUUCCAGUUCCUCUUCUGUGAAUGUCUGCAGCUUUGAACGUCCCUGGGAUGGGACAGCCCCGGCAGCAGAGGCUGCCCCAGCCCUUGGAGCACCCCCAGGCCGUGGGGAUGCCACAUUCCCCGUUGGUGUCACCCCCAGGGCAGGCUGGGGGUGCCAUUUGGGUCACAGCCAGCCCAGGGAACGCUCCAGGCUGGGAUGGAGCAAGUCCAGGGGAAGGUUUGGCCCCCAGGAAAGGCUGAGGGAGCUGGGAAGGGGCUCAGCCUGGAGAAAGGGAGGCUCAGAGGGGACCUGCACAGAGGGGACAGCCAGGGGACAGCAGGCUCUGCUCCCAGGGGACACCAGGACAAGGGGGAACAGCCCCAAGCUGUGCCAGGGGGGGUUUGGGUUGGACAUUGAGAAAAUUCCUUCAUGGAAAGGGUUGUAAACCCUGGGCACAGCUGGAGCCCCCAGCCCUGCAGGGAUUUAAAAUCCUUGGGGAUGUGGCACUUGGGCACAGGGCAGUGGUGGCACUUGGGCACAGGGCCAGUGCUGGCACUUGGGCACAGGGCAGUGCUGGCACUUGGGCACAGGGCAGUGCUGGCUUGGUGCUGGUGGCCCUGGGGGCUUUUCCAGCCCUGGUGCCAAGGCCUGGGGGGCUCUGGGGGGCUCCAUGGAUCCGGGGCACUGCCAGCCCUGCCCUGGCUCCACGCCAGGGAUGCUGCAGGGUUGCCAUGGGGAUGGGGAUGCUGGCAUGGUGACUCAGAGCUGCUCCUGCUGCCUCUGACACCCCGUGGGCCGUUCCCAUCCCACCAUGGAGGGCUCUGAGCCCCCACAUCCCCAGGCUGCUCCAGAGCUCCAGCCCGGCCCUGGGCACUGCUGGGGGUUCCACAGGGCUGGAAUGAGAUGAUCCCAACCCGUUCCACAUUCUCUGAUCCCACAGCUGCCCCUGGGCCAUCCCUCAGUGUCACCCCGAGGCUUUUUGGGGCUUUUCCCCAGUUCUGUGCUGGAUCUGAUGGGGUGGGAUGAUGAGGGUGUGCCCAGUGAUCCCUCAGUGCUCUUUGCUCCCUUUCUCCUCCCUGCAAUGCAUUUUUUGAGGGACGCAGCCCCUGCUGCCAGGUGGAAUUGUCCUCCCUGGGCCUUUCUGGCACCGGGGCUCCUCUUUCCAGCCUUUAGCACACAAAGCCUCCGUGCCAAACGACAGCUCUGAGCCAAGCCCCGAGCACCAAGCUCGUUUAGGAACAAUUCAUUAGAGGGGGGAGGAUUUUUUGAAUGAGGUGUUUUUCAUCUGGGACAGAUCCAUGGAGCAGCAGCCUCCUGUGCUGCCUCCUCUGCCAGAGCCUCGGAGAUGGUUUGGGUUUGUUUUAUUUUUUUGUGGUGAAUGAUUCCAAAAUGAUUUUUCUCCUGUCUCAGAUCAGCUCCAAGAGCGGUGAGCUCUCCCUGGAGCUGCUGGAAGGAGCGGGGGCUUUGUCAGGGAUGAGUUACUGAGGGAUCCUUCUGCCUCUGACUGUUGCUGCCAAUGAAAAGAAA